CUGACGGACAGCUGGGUGGACCAAUCAUAGCAGCUCGUGUUCGUCACAUCCGGUUCCUGGGUCGUGGACUACUUCCGGCUGCAUCGUCCUCUGGAAAGCUCAACAAUGGGCAGUGUUUUGGCUGCCAGCUCCCCCAGCCCACCCCCGCCUCCAUCGGCUGCCGGCUCAGCCUCCCCCGGGGUGACGAUGCCACCGGGCUUCGGGAUGCCUCCGGUCCCGCCGGCCGCUCCUCCGACUGGGUCAGGAGCCGGAAAGGAGCAGCGGGCGGAGAACCUUCUGCCCAACCCUGGAGCGUUUGACGAGUGUCACCGGAAAUGUAAAGAGGUGUUCCCCAUGCAGAUGGAGGGAGUCCGCCUGGUGGUGAACAAAGGUCUGAGCAACCACUUCCAGGUGAAUCACUCGCUGCUGCUCAGCACCACCGGAGACUCCAGCUACCGGUUCGGAGCGACGUUCGUUGGGUCCAAACAGACCGGUCCUGCAGAGUUCUUCCCGGUCAUGGUGGGCGACAUGGACAACAGCGGCAGCCUGAACUCUCAGAUCAUCCAUCAGAUCAGCAGCAGGAUCCGCUCCAAAGUGGCCUUCCAGACGCAGCAGCAGAAGUUUGUGAACUGGCAGGGCGACGCCGAGUUCAGGGGAGAAGAUUUCACGGCGAUGGUGACGUUCGGGAACCCAGACGUCCUCGCCGGUUCUGGGAUCAUCAUCACCCACUACCUGCAGUCCAUAACGCCGUCCCUGGCUCUGGGCGGAGAGCUGGUUUACCACCGCAGGCCCGGGGAGGAGGGCUCCGUCCUCUCCUUGGUGGGCAGGUACACAGCCAGUGACUUCAUCGCCACGCUGACCCUCGGCUCGGCCGGAGCGCACGCCUCCUACUACCACAAGGCCAACGAGCAGCUGCAGGUCGGCGUGGAGUUCGAGGCCAGCUCGCGGAUGCAGGACACCAGCGCGUCGUUCGGCUACCAGCUGGACGUCCCCAAAGCUAAUCUCCAGUUCAAAGGUUCUGUCGACAGUAACUGGGUCGUGGGAGCGACGCUGGAGAAGAAGCUGCUCCCUCUUCCUCUGUCUCUGGUUCUCUGCGCCUUCCUGAACCACCAGAAGAACAAGUUCCAGUGCGGCUUCGGCAUCACCAUCGGUUAGCGCCACUGAGGGACAAACGGACUCUGACUCGCACGGCGCCGCGUCCUCUUGGUACCGCGGCGCCGUUGGCCGUCGUUAGCAGCUUAGAUCUCCUGAAUGAUUGCUGGGGUGAUCCAGAACGCGGUUCUUCAGGAACCCGGCGGAGCUUCAGACCUCCUGUUGUUUUGGCUGAAAACUUUAUCUCGUUACGGAGGAAAGAAAUCGUUUCCUUUACGUCUCUAAGUGUGCCGGCUGAUUGGAUCAGCUGUGCUGUUUGUUCUCAGUCUGUUCUGUUGCCUUUUUCUCUUGGUUCUGAUUAAACCCGUAUGGAUGAGCUGGAAUUCUUCAAAUACAGUUUCUUAUAAAACC